GAACCAUUCCCCCCCCCCCCCCGUUGUUGAAGCAGAGUUAACUAGACAGUAUAAUUAAUAUUUUUUUUUGUUUUUUUUUCUGUUGACUGAUUGUUGGUCGCCCUAUUGCUUUGCAGUCUUAACAUUUUGUUUUUGGUGUCUUUGCAUUAACUUUUUUUUCUCUCGGUGUUCAUAACACCAGAGAACAUGUUUAGAGUAGCGCUUGUAGGGCAUAGUCAUAUUCCAAGGGAAUUGGAGGUAGAAAAGCAGGACAUUCAGGUAGAUAUUUUUCGUGCCCCGGGAGGAAAAGCCGGGAAUUUCUUUGAGGAUGACUGCAUUCAGGCAGUAUAUAAGGAGGAAAGGGAAGAGGUGGAAGGAGCGUGCGCGUGGUAAGUCUCUCGCAAAAUAAUGGAAAGUGGUAGUCUGCAAUGGCGCGGUAAUUAUCACUAGCAAACAAGUGCUUAACCUCCCUUGCUCAUGUGUUCGAAGGUAGUUUCGUUUGAGUUUAUGGGUUUUAUAUCUUUGUUUUAUUAGUUUGCUUUGAUUGUUCUCUUCUCUUUAACAGAGUAAACUGUAAAUAUUGAUACUGAGGGAACUUAGGAAAUUUUGACACAAUGGAGAAAACUGUAAAGGAAGAGAUAGCUGACUUGCUGGGUCCAUGGGAAAGUGAACACUGCCCAGACCAACAGCGUACUGACACUGACCAGGAAGACCCUAGGGCACAAACACAGUCAAAGAAAGAGCCACAAGCGGGUAACAACGUGAAAAUGGAAGAACUCGAGGAAGAGGUAGAUUUUCUAAAAACAUCAAUGUUAGAAUUAGUGGACCGAUUACGUAGAAGCCAAGAAGACUCGCCUACCAAACCACUACUUAAACCAAGGGACAUACCCAUCCUUGAGAGAAGACACCUGAAGGGAGUAGAAGGAGGAGGCAGAUUAGAGGUAUUCCUUUCCCAGAUAGAACAAUGCACCCCACGGGGGGAAGAUCGAAAAAGAAUAGCUUUGAGUCGAGUAGACGCCGAAUUAGCAGUUUACAUUCAAAGCACUCUGAAGCAUGGCCCCGUGGUGGACUGGGAAGAAUUCAAGAUAUCACUGAUCAAAGAACUAACGGAUCAGAGUAAAGGAAAGGUAUUCGAUGCCUUAAAUGACCUCAAAUACUCAUAUGAGGAAGACGCGACCGAAUUUGUCACCCAACUUAAAUGUAAAUUCGCACUCCUAGAGGUAAAAUCAAACCCAGGAGAAGUCCCCAAGAGAGAAAAAGUAAUUAAGUCAAAGCUGUUAAAGGGAAUGCCUCGAGAUAGUAGAGACAGGCUAGAAAUAUAUAUGGAUAAUCACGUGCCACUCGACACCUUUAUGGAAAAACUAGAGGUGGAACGACUAGUAGCUCAAGCAAGGAAAAAAGACAGUGUCUUUAUGGUGAAGGACGACGCUCCUCCAGCUGGUGCAUCAAGCACUGGAGCAUCACCAGUAACAUCCCCGAAGGCUGAAUCCUUGGCAGAACCUACCGCCUUAGCCUCCUAUCUCGAUCGAAUCGAGCGCAGACUAGAGCGGUGGGAAGAGCAAAAGAAACAACCUCGAGAGAGAAGGACAUCCGUGUACUGCCCGUAUUGUAGGUCCACAACACACGACGUGCAGUCAUGCUUUAAGAAUCCGCUUCCCGGUUCGUGUUUUGAUUGUUUGAGGAUGAACUGCCGAAGAGGGUACCCUGGUUGUCCAGGGAGGAAGACCUUUCAGACACGGUGACUGGCGCAAGCUAGGUCCCCAAUAAUCACAGUCAACAUCAAAAGCCAUAUGCUAGAGGCCCUGCUCGACACUGGUAGCGAAAUGUCAUUAAUCAAAGAAAGUGUGGUGCAACAACUCAAUCUCAAGGUAGUUACAGGAAAAACCAUCCCGCAAUUACAGGGUAUCACAGGGAAGAAACUCAGAAUCCUAGGGCAAACCACUACCUCCAUCAUAGUCGGUGACAACCAACCUUUAGAGGUACCCCUAGCCAUCGUACCCGAUAAUUACUUAGAACCAGCCUUGUUGUUGGGCAUGAAUGCCCUGGGAAGAGUAACCCUAACCCUUGACCACCGAAACAAGAGAGUUACCUGGAAUAAUGUCACCUACCCACUUAAAUAUCAUGAACAUCGCUACGGGAAGG